CUAAAACCCCACCCCUUGUCCAUUUGAUUCUUUUUUUCGUUGUCACGUCUCUAUUUCCUACCAAAGCAUCUCCAAAGCAUCUCUUGUUGAUCCCUUGAAGUUUGAUCAUAUAUGUGGCUCCGUGGAUACGCACUCCUGAAACCAAGCUUCAGCUAUCCCAAUCGGUUCAAGCGCAAAAGAGGCCCAGCUUGAGCGACUCCACGUGGCCUAGAACUACACAUCAUUUCAGCCUUCCUCCGAUAUCGUCAUGGCACUUCCCCCAAUAGCCAAGGCAACCUUACAAGCCGCAGUGAUCAAUGCCGGUUCCAACGUCUUAGCGCAGGCCAUCGGCGCCUACAAAGAUGAAAGACCCUUUGAGCUUGACAGUCAAGCACUUCUCCAGUUCACAACGUCCGCAUUCAUUCUCUCGCCCCUAACCUUCCUCUGGCUCGAAGGACUCGAGGCCAGGUUCCCCGGCCAGAAGGUGGUUCAGGCAUCAAAGGCCACAACGGAGGGUGCUGCAGGGGCGCAGACCAAACUGAACGUAACCAACACCGUUUUGAAGAUCGUCAUCGACCAGGUGGUGGGCGGUGCCUGGAACACUGUCGCCUUCAUCACGACGAUGGGACUCCUGCGUGGUCAGGACUGGGAGACGAUCACACUGCAGAUUCAAAAUGAUUUCUGGCCUAUCCUGGUCGCAGGUUUCAAACUCUGGCCCUUUGUGUCAGUCUUGAACUUCACGGUGGUACCAGUUGAUAAGCGACUACUUGUUGGGAGUCUGUUUGGUGUUAUCUGGGCGGUUUAUCUUAGUCUUAUGUCUGGUUAGCUUAUAUUGCCAUCAUUAGUGCAUUGCUUGGAGCAUACAACUUCCGACAGGAAUCACAUACAACUCAUAGC